AAUUUUCAAUUUUUGCACUUUCUCUCUCCUCCCGCUUUCUCUCCUCUCUUCCCCCAAAAAAAAAGAAAACAAUGAACAGCUCGGCUGAUGGCGGCUCCUCUAGGGUUUCGAUUCCUCCUCAUCUCCGUGAAACUCUUCAGAGUAUAAGAGAGAUUACGGGGAAGCAGCACUCCGACGAGGAUAUCUACGCCGUCUAUAAGGAAUCCCUUAAUGAUCCUUUCGAGACCGCCCAGAAGCUCCGCUUUUUAGAUACGUUUCAUGAGGUCAAAAGCAAAAGGGACAAAAAGAAGGAGAAUCUAGUGCCAGUUAACCAAGCAAGUGCCAGAACUGGCCGGAGGAACUUUGCUUCUACUAACACUUAUCAUGGCAAUGGAAGAAGUGCCUCCUUUAAAAGGGAGAGUGGACCUAAUCAUGUCACAGGGGGUUCUAGAUCUUCUCUUCCUAAUACUAACAACCGACCAAGAAACCCCACAGUACCUCGUCCGACAAAGGUUUCUGCUCCUACCAGUCUUCCCAGCCAUCAUAAAGUUGAAAAUGAUUUCACUGCCACUGUGAACAAGGGAGUUGCAGAGAAAAAUCCUCUUUCCAAAUCUACUUCUUUCUCCGAGGAUGGUGUCGAGCUAGAAGAGACAUCUAAAGCAAGUUCAGAACAAGUUGCUACACCUGUAUCAGUCUCUGUUGUACAGAACCAUACACAAGAUGUAAUUUCUGCUCAGAUCUCUCAGCCUCUUGUGAAUAACCACCCAGCAGAGCUGCAGUCAUAUACUUUUGGUCGACAGGAUCUUUCUGCUUCUCAUGGCAGUAGUCAUUCUGAUCAGGUCACCGAAAAUGAGACUGCAUCCAAGAAAGGCAAACCGCGAUCGCUUCUCAAGUCAGAUGUUGGCGAGCGGUCACACGUUACAUUUCCGUUGCACCUUCAGGUUGCAGAAGAACUGCAAAAUGGUCUCACGUUUGGCAGUUUUAAUUCUGAUUUUGUGAAAGAGUUAUCUUCUAACUAUGGUGUUAGUGGCGGUGAUGACUCUGAUUUUAAGUCCUCUCACGGGACAGGGGAUGAUGAGAGAGAUUCUUCUCCCACUAUCAAUGGCAUUCAUGCGGUUGCUUCUGCUAGAGGUGCAUCAUCCUAUUUCGAAGAUAAGGAUAAUGGGAUUUCAAAUUCAGCACCAGGAGCUGAGCUAGUGAGGCAUUCAAAUCACACUGUCCCUUCUGGAGAAGAUGAACAGAGAGACGUAGCUUUACCGAACACACAACCUCAUCAAAUUGCUUAUGGUCAAGAAGCCCCAUUCAGCGUGUUUGGUCUUGUUCCCUCGUUUUCAGCAUUAGGCCAACCAGUUAACACAGAAGGAGCUGAGACUCAGCCUGGAAAUUCUAAUGCCCCAGCUAUGUCAUUAGUAUCGUAUCCGCCAGGUCAGAGCUCCAUAGCAGCAGUCUCUCAGCAGGCAGCUCAUCUUUUUGGACAACAAUACCCUCCCAGCUUCUUCCCUUACGGUCCCUAUUACCCACCCUUUUAUAUGGCACCACCAUACAUGCACCAGUUCUUGAGCCCAAAUGGAAUUCCUCAGCAGUCCUAUUUUCCACCAGGGGCUGCUAUAGCAGCACCUACCCAUAUAGCACCAGUAGGCGAGAAUGAGAACCCUCCUACAACAAACCCAUCCCAACAUACUUCUUCCACAGUUGCUACUCACAUCCCAUCUGCAACCGCCUUAAACUCUAUCAGUAGUGAAGAAAGGACUUCACCAAUGACUGGAAAUGCAGCUGGGUGGAUUGGACAGGGACUUGGCAAUCUGCAGAUGAGUCAAAUGUACAACCUAGCCCUGCAAGGUCAGCCACUUGGUUUCCCAGUCGUGCAGGCUGGUCACAGGGGGCUCAUGGGAAUACACCAACCAUCACUCCCCAUGCCCGCUCCUUCAACUAUAUAUCAGACUUUAACGCCACUGCCACCGCCACUCAUCACAACGGCUAUGUCUGAACCCAUUAGGCACCCAAACAUUGCCCAUCAGCAACCUCAAGCUGCCGUAACAAAUAGGGUCAAUAACAACUAUUAGGCCAAGGGGAAGCAGCUAUGGAAGAUGCACAUCGAACUGUGUUAAAGUCUGGAUUUUUGGGUGUAAAUAGGAAACAUCAUCCCCGGAGGAAUUUAGGUUUGACAAUUACAAAGUGGGAAGAAGAUGUGCUUUCAAAGUAGCAAACCUUUUUGCCAUAUUUUUUGUUGUGACAAUACAUAAAGGAACGUUUGGGAAGAUGAUCCCAUAUGGAAUAGCUAUGAAAAACUGAUGAUGCCUCUUUUGUUUGUAUUCUCUUGCAAACAUAUAUCAGUGAUAUUACUUAGCUUUAUCAGGUU